AAAUGACAUCACGUCCAUCACACUAACGCGAUACGAGCUGAGGUUACAGAGACAGGAGCGUCGUUCAUUGCGGUAAAAAAAAAAAAACAAAAAAAAACGGAAUUGUGAUAAACACUGAAGACGGAAAAGGUUUCUUAAAAAAAACAGGCACUGCUGCUGUUUACCACAGGCCAGGACACGGUUUAUUUAAAGGUGAUUGUUCAACCCAAAGAUGAAUUUUGAGCAGCCCCCUCCAUACCAACAAGGCCCCACCGCUCCGGGCUACCCAGGCCAGAUGCCACCUCAGGGUUACCCUCCACAGGUGAACAUGGAGCAGCCUAAUCCAGCUUACCCUAACUACCCUCCUGGACCAAUGGGCCCCGGAGUCCCUUAUCCUGGCCCAGGACAGGCUCCUUAUCCUGGCCCAGGACAGCCUCCUUAUCAAGGGUACCCUGGACAACCACAGUUUGGCUGGCAGGGGGGACCCCCUCCUGGGCCUAUGUAUGGGGAACCUCCCAAAAACACAGUGUACGUGGUGGAGGACAGGAGGAGAGACGACACAGGAGACACGUGCCUGACAGCCUGCUGGACAGCUCUGUGUUGCUGCUGUCUCUGGGACAUGCUGACAUAACGUAUUCUCCAACCGUCCACUCCCAUUACCGACUUGCACCCCAUUUCUGUGCCUCGAACCCAGUCACCCUCUUCCCCCAUCUGCCUUAAACCUCGCACUCCCUCCAAACCACCCCGUCCAUUCCCGCUCCAGGUAUUUUGCUCGUCUAUAAAUAAAAGCCUUGAUCCCACAUGGA